AUGAAUAUUUCGAUAUUUUUAAUUCUAAUCAUAUUUAUUAUUAAUAAUCGUACUAAUGCUGGAAUUUAUGAAUCUGAUGGAAAAAUUCUUUUGAAUCGUUCAAUAUCAACAUUGGAUUCGAAUGGUAAUUAUCGUUUACCAAAUUAUGACUUUCUAUGUAUACAACAAUUAUCAAAAUGUUCUAAACAUGGUUGGUCAUUAAGAUUUCAAUUAAAACUCAAUCCAAUAAAUAUUUUUGAACGUGAACGUAAAUAUUUAUUAUUUAGUGGUGGUGCACAUGAACCACAUAGUGAUGGAAUAUUAAUUUAUUUAUAUCAAUCAAAAAAUACAUCAUAUCUUGAUAUUGGUUUAAAAGAAUUUCAUAAUGAUCAAAUUGCAUUUUAUUGGCAAAUUGAAGCGGAUUUAGAAAUCAACAAAUCGAUUGAUGUAGUAAUCACUAUUGAAAAUCAUGCAACAUCAAUUGGUCAACAUCAUCAAAUGACAAUUUUCUUCGAUGGAUAUUUAUAUAAACAAACCGAAGUAGAAAAAUAUACAGAAUUAUAUGUGUUUAAAUAUGAGAAAUUACAUUCAACAUCAAUAACUAUUUAUGGAAAUGAUUCCGGAGUAGCUCGAUUUGAUAAUAUGAUAUAUUAUGAAAGAAUUCUAACAGAUGAAGAAAUUGCUAAUGUUUCUCCAAAAACAGUUACAUUAGGAUGUUUGAAUGAUAAUGAUCGAACUCAUCAAUAUAUAAUACCUGAAAAUUAUAAUAAUUGGAAAUUAUGUCGAAAUGAAUGUCAUAAUCGAAGAAUGAAGAUUGCUUUAUAUUCUCCAACUGAUGGUCAAUGUGGGUGUAUAUUAAGUUCAUUUGAAUUAGAUCUAUCAUUUCAAUAUAAUAAGAAAUGUCAAUGUUCAUUAAAUACAACAUGUUCUACUGACAAAGAAUGGCAUGUAAUUGUUGUAACAUCUGUCAUCGAUUUGAUUGAUGCUGAAGUUGGUCUAGAAAUUCGUAUGGCUGAUGAAAGUUUUUUAACUCAGAGUCGAACACGAGUUCAACGAAAUGAAGGUGUUGAAAUAAUUGUUUCAGUUAAAAAUGAACGAAAUCUUGCUUCAUUAACUGUUUAUGGUGAUAUCGAAGGUCAUGAACUUACUCCUACAAAUUCAAGUUCAAAUGAAAUUUAUAUCACUGCUGGUGUUGUAAAUUUAUCUUGGAAAAAUGAAGGUUCAAAAAAAGUUCAAUUUCGUGCUGAUUAUCGUCGAAUGGUACAUAAAGAAACAGCUGAAUAUCGUACUGUUUAUGUUGAUGUUGUCUAUAUUAAAACAGAUUUACCAUUAAAAUUUAUUUAUCUUUCACCUGAUAGUCCAAAUUAUCAAACUUAUCAAAAUUUUACUGUACAAACAUUUGGAAGUGUACCAAUAAAUUGUACACUUGAUUUUGGUGAUGGACAUCGACAAACAAAUGGUACAAGUCGUCAUCAAUAUUAUACAGCUUAUUUUUCAAGAAAUUAUACACGUUAUGGAGAAUAUAAUGUAUCUGUUCGAUGCUUCAAUGAACUUAGUGUAAAUACUACACAAAUAACACGUAUAGUUCGGCGAGAAAAAAUGACAAGUAAAAUGAUUAUAUAUAAAGAUUUAAUGGAAACAUCAACAGCAACAAGAUUUAAUUUAAUAUCAAAGGAAGAUUAUUCAUUUCGACAUAUGAAUUGUUUACAUUUAAGAAAUAUAAUUACAAAUGAAGAAAUGAAAUUAAUUUGGAGAAAAAAAACACUUGAAGUUAUACCAAAUGAACCAUUACCAAUUGGUAAAUAUUUAUAUCAACUUGAAUGUGAUUCUAUGCCAUUACAACCUUAUAUUCUCAAUGUUCAACCAUCAGUUCGUUCAUUAGAAUUAGAUGCAUCAAAAACAACAAUUAAAAGUGGUCAAUCAAUAGAAUUUUCUAUUUCACUUGAACCAACAUUAGAUUUAACAAUUAUAUUUGAUUGUGGAAUAAAUCAAAUACCAAUAAAAAUUAUAUAUAUACAAGAAAUACAUGACUUAUCACCUGUUCCUAUUGGUAAUUGUACUUAUUCAACAGCUGGUAAUUAUCAUCCAUUAGUUAGUGUUAUGAAUCAUAUUAAUAUAAAUAAUCAAUCAAAAUUAAUUACUGUUGAACCACCAUUAUCACCAUUUAAAGUUGAAAUUGAAAAUCGUUUAGAUAUAAAUCAAUUAACAUCAAUAACAAUACAUACAUUAGAACAAAUUCCAUUUGAAGGUUUAUUUGAAUUAACCAUCGUGGAUAAAUUUAAUGAAAAAAAUCAAACAAAAACUGAACAUGUACAAUUAAUAAAAUCAAAUAAUUUUACUGAACAUUUAUAUAUGAAUAUAACAACAUAUGGAAAACAAAUUUUACAUAUACAAGGAGGAGAUUUUCCAACAAUACGACAAAUAGAAACAACAUUUGUUAUUGGAACAGAGGUAACAAUAAAACCACAAAGUUAUAUUGUCAAUCAAAUUGGUUAUGUUAAUGAAGAUUUUAUUUGGGUUGAUAUACAAUGGAUAAAUGGAAUUGGUUUUGAUAUUGAAAUUAAUUUUGAUACUGAAAAUAAAGUUUUUCUACGAUAUGGCCAAUUUAUGUCAAAUUAUUUUAAUCGUACAGCAAGAAAAAAUAAUGGAAUACAUCAAGUACAAUGGAAAAGAGUUGCAAAACAACGUUUACAAGUUGGAUAUAAAUUUACAAAAGUUGGCACAUAUAAAAUUAAUGUAGUAUUUAUUCAACCAUCAUCAAUACUUCUUCCAGUUGAUUUAAAAUGUCCAACAGUAAUAAUAGUUGAAAAUACACUUCGAUCAGGCGAAACAUGUUUUCACGAUAAACAAUUUCAUUUAGUAUCAUCAAAUUCAUUAAAUAAUGUAUCUGCAUUAUUAUCACCUGUUCUUCUCUUACCACAUAGUCUACAACAUGAUUUAGAACCUAUAUUAACAACAAAAUGUUCGAUGGAAGAUCUUAUUUAUUCAUUUUAUGUUCUCUCAAUUGAUGCAUCACAUUGGAAAUAUUCACGUACACAACGAUAUUCGAAUACGAAUAAUCCAACAUUUGCAGAUACAUUUCUUGAAAAUUAUUGUUCAAAAUUUGGAGUAAAUUCAACAUUAACAAUUGAACCAAAAUCACUUUCAUAUGGUUAUUAUAUAUCUGUAUUUACAAUAAGUCGAAGUUCAAAUUUAGCUGAUUUUCGACAAUUUAUUCAACCAAUUGAAAUUAUUCGAUCAGAUUUCAUAACAACAUUUGGUGGAAAUGAAACAAUUACGAAUAAUAUGAAUGAACUUCAUUUAGAUUUUUAUUCAACAACAAUUGAUCCAGAUAAUAAUGAAUUUGAUCGACGUAAACUUAAUUUUACACUUAUUUGCUAUCCAGAAUAUCUUCAAUCAAAAAUCUUUCAACCAAAUCUAAUUCAAUUAGGUUCAUCAAGACCAACAGAUACAAAUUCACAAAAUAUAAAUAAUUGGUCAAUACAAUGGACAAAUUUAAAUUUAAUAUUUCGUCGAUCAGAAAUAAAUUUACAUGUUUAUGAAAAUCAAUGUUUUUCAUCAAAUAAAAAUCGUGAAUUAAUUAAAUUUAAUUCGGAUACAAAAUCUUUAUCAAUUAAUGAAGAAGAAUUAUUAUUUACUAAUGGUACACUUCAUUUUCUGUUUAUUGUUCGACAUUUAAUGGAUGGUCGACAAUUAAUAGCACGUUUAGAAGUUGAUAAAGAAGAUACAAUUACUUUUGAUACAACUGAUUUAAGUGCAUUAGAAGAUGUUAUGGAAAAUUUAGAUAAUUUAGCUUCAGCAAAUCCAAAAAAAGCUGUAGAAUUUAUUAGUGGUUUAGCUGAUAAACUUAAUGAAAUGAGUGAUAAUUCUACAACAGGAGAUACAAGUGAAGCUGAUAUAAAAGCAAUGAAUGACCGAAUGGCUGCAAUGCGAUCAAAAAUGUUAUCAUCAAUGGAUACAGUUUUAGAAUCAGCAACUGAUCCAAAUAUGGUUGAUAAAGCACUUAAAGCUAGUGCAACAGUUACAGCAAACAGUGAUCAAAUGCCAUUAGAUAAUCAAGAAAAAGGAGCAAGUAUUAUUGAAAAAGUAGGUACGAAAGUAAAAGAAAUGGAAACAGCUGAUAUGAAUACAGUUACUGGUCUUGCAACAUCAUUGAUGGAUGUUGGUAGUAAUGUUCUUCAAGCUGCUUCAAAAACUGUUUCAAAAGAUAGAGAAAAUGAUCCAGGUGCUAUGAUAGAAAAUCUUGAAUCAAAUAUGAAAGCAACAGAAGAUGAAGAAACAGAUACAAAAGUUCUCUAUGCUCCAACACAAUUUUAUGAUACAUGUGAUGAAUGUGAUACGUUACCUGAAGAACGAUGGGAAGCUUCGAAUAUUGCUAAACGAAGUUCUGGCGGUUUAUUUACUGUUGGUGAUGCUUUAGCGAAUCGUUCAUCAUCAAAUGAAACAAAAACAAUUGAAAGUAAAACAAUGGCAAUGACAUUGACUAAAGCUAAUCCAGAUGGUAAGUCAAGUUUAUCAGCUGGUAAUACAAGUAUUCGUUUACCUGGUUUAUCUGAUUUAAAUUCUGAUAGUGAUUCUUCUGAUAUAUUUACUAAAGUACUUGAAUCAAAAGAAAAUCCAUAUGCAAGUACACAUGGAAAUUCUAGUGUACAAGGAAGUGUUGUAACUAUAAUUUUAUCACGACCAGAUGGUUCAGAAAUGCCAAUAAAAAAUACAACACAACCCAUAUCUAUUCGUUUAUCAAGACCUAUUGAUAAACAACCAAAAUAUGAGCAACAUCAAUUAUAUGGAACAUCAUUUCAAUAUCAUAAAGUCAAUAUACCUGAUAAACAAAUGACUCUAUCGAUAUAUAUAUCUUCUGAUUCAUCUCCAUUGGAUAUGUAUGGUAUUUAUGUUUCAUAUGGUAUAAAUGAAACAUUAUUAGAACCACCAACGGAAUCAAAAUUUGAUUUGCUUUUUGUUUUACCAAAUACAAUAACAACAACAACAGAGAUUAAUUCUGAUGAUGAAUAUGAAUUAAAACAUACAAUUUUAAUGCCACCAAAUGUUCAUCUUGGAAAUGGAACUUAUAUUUUUGGUGUUAAAUUACUAAAUACAAGUACAACAAUGAAUUUAACAGAAUAUAAUUCAAGUUAUACAAUAAAUAUGUAUGUAUCAAAAUGUCAAUAUUGGGAUGAAAAACGAUUUACCUGGAGUUCAGAUGGAUGUGAAGUUGGACCAUUGACAACAUUAAAAUCAACUGAAUGUCUUUGUACACAUUUAACAACAUUUGGAAGUGAUUUUUAUGUUCCACCAAACACAAUUGAUUUUAAAACAGUUUUCAAAAAAUUUAAAACAUUACAUGAAAAUGCUGCUGUAUUUUGUACAGUUAUUGCUAUUUUUGGUAUUUAUAUUAUUGCAGCUAUUUGGGCAAGAAGAAAAGAUAGGCGAGAUUUAAUUAAAUGGACAGCAGCACCUCUGGUUGAUAAUCUUCCAAUUGAUCAUUAUCAUUAUUUAAUCACAGUUCAUACUGGUGUUGGUGCACAAUCAGGUACAACAUCAAAUAUAAAUUUGGUUAUAUCUGGUGAAUCAGCUGAUAGUGGUGUACGAAAAUUAACUGAUGGAAAAAUUCAAGAAUUUUCAGCUGGUAGUGUUCGAAAUUUUGUUAUGAGUGUUGAAGUACCUCUUGGUCCAUUACUUUAUGUUCGUGUAUGGCAUGAUAAUUCGGGUCAAAAAGGCAAAGCUUCUUGGUUUUUAAAUAUGAUCAAUGUAAUGGAUUUACAAACAGGCGAAAGAAAUUAUUUCUUAUGUGAUAAUUGGCUUGCAGUUGAAAAAGGUGAUGGACUUGUUGAUCGUGUUAUACCAUUAGCUUCAUCAAAAGAAUUGAAAAGUUUUGCACAUUUAUUUUCUCAAUCUGUUAAAAAGAAAUUUAGUGAUGGUCAUUUAUGGUUUUCAGUAUUUUCACGUCCUAUUCGAAGUAAUUUUACACGAUUACAACGUAUAUCUUGUUGUAUAUCAUUUCUGUUUUGUACAAUGAUAUCAAAUGCAAUGUUCUAUCGACAAGAUACUCAAGGACAAGCAAAUAAAGCGGGAGUUCUAAUGAAAAUUGGACCAAUUGAAUUUACAUUAACACAACUUUGGAUUAGUUUUAUUAGUACAUUAGUUGUUCUACCGGUAAAUUUACUUAUUGUUACAUUAUUUCGAAAAGCAAAAUAUAGUCAAAAAUCAUUAAUAAAUCAUCAAAUAAAAGAAAGAAAACGUCGAAAUAAAUUAAAUGAAAAAGAUGAACAAUAUCAAAAAACAAUGAAUUUUUUUGCAAGAAAAAAACAUUCAAAAUUACAUGAGGAAGAUAAUGAGUGUAUUGGUGCAUUACCAUCUAUGGAAGAUAAAACGAGAACAUUUCCACAUUGGGUUGUUUAUAUAGCUUGGAUGUUGGUUAUGUUAAGUAUUGUAACAUGUUCAUUUUUCAUUAUUCUUUAUUCGUUGGAAUGGGGUGCUAAACGAGCUAAUGAAUGGUUGAUAACAAUGAUGCUUUCAUUUGGUCAAUCCGUACUUGUUAUUGAUCCAUUAAAAGUAUUUCUUAUAACUGCAAUAAUAAGUUUUCUUAUUCGUCGACCAUAUGAUGAUGAAACAUUAGAUUUUAAUGAUCCAUUUACUGGAGCAUUACUUUCAAAAAAUAAUAUAGCUGAUAUACAUGAAAAUGAUAUUUAUAAUGAUGCACAUAUUAAAGGUAAAUUUUGA